CACCUUAGUGUUUAAUAAUCACUUUUACUGUAAAAUCAUAAUGUAUAAUACUUUUUUAUUUUGUUUAAAUAUGAACAAGUUCAAAUAUAUUCAAAUCAUUUUAUUCGGUUUCUUAAUACUAAAAGAAUCAUCGUGCACAAACCCUUUACAAAAUGAAAAAAAAUGUUCACCACAUUCACAGGCGCAAAACGAACAAUUCCCUUACAUAGUAUUUAUAAAAAUGCAUUCAAAUGGAGAAAUAUUAUGUCAAGGUACAUUGAUCGAUGUGAAUUGGGUGAUAACUUCUGCAUAUUGCAUGAAUAACAUUUCAUUGAACAAUAUAGAUAUUGUGAUGCGAAAUAAUAAGACUCGUGAAACCAUUUUGAAACCGAGUAGAGUGAUAGAAACAAAAUACAAUGAUGUGGCGUUAAUUGAGAUGGAAAAGUACAUCAUUACUGAUAGUAUGAUGGUAACAUCCAUUGAAUUGGCCACUGAAGAACUCUCGAAUAAUACAAAAUGUGUUGUAAUUAGUCUUCAAAAACAGUCAAAAAAUGAUUUAUCUCUCAUAUAUUGGAAUGUGGUCAAUAUUUUAAAACAAGAGUAUGAUAAAAGCGAAUAUUACUUAGAAGAUACAAUUUGUCAUUCACAAAUAUGGAAUUUAUUACAAAACAUAACCGAUAAUGGAGCUCCUUUAAUCUGUAAUAGUCAUUUAUAUGGUAUAUACUCACUCAAAGAGCCUAAUAUAUUCAAUAACAUUUUUAAAUACAACAAUUGGAUCAAAAAUGUAAUUAACCCAAUAUCUUCAGAUAAAACAUCAGAAAAACUUACUACUAAUUUUAUUGCUAAUUAUAAUUUUGUGACUGAUACAAAUUUAAUAGUAACAAAAGACAUAAUAAAAAUCGAUAUGAAAGAUAAAUCUUCACUAGACACAGAAGAUAAACGAACUUAUUCAAAACCAAAAUCCAUGCCAAAUUUCUACUCUCCAAAAGAAAGUAGAAACAUCGCAAUGUAUCUGAAAUAUACUUCAGUAAGGGCAGAACUCAUUGACGCAAAAAACACCCAGUCAGUUGAACUAUCUUCAAAAGGUACUGAAAAAACACUAACUUCUUUGUUUGAUGUAACAGAUUCGGACGAUCUUAUUUCUCCAAAAUUUUUAACACAAUCAAAUUCUUCUAUUAUUAUUAAAUCGUUGAUUACCGAAAAACCUACAUCAAACUCGAGUCCUGCAACCUCUAUAAUUGGAAAAAUAGGUAACCAAAAAUAUUCUAAAGAAUCCAUAGAAACUGAUAAUAUUUACGAUAAACCUAGUUCUGAACCUUUUCCUGAAGAAACAGAAGAAACUCCGGAUAAAUCUAGCUCUGAACCUUUUACUGGAGCAACAGAAAAAACCGAAUAUACCACAGAAACCACAGAAACUAAAGAAACUGAAAAAACUGAAGAAACUGAAGAAACUUCAGAUAAAUCUAGCUCUGAACCUUUUACUGAAGUAACUAAAGAAACUUCGGAUAAACCUAGUUCUAAACCUUUUACUGGAGCAACAGAAACAACCGAAUAUACCACAGAAACCAAAGAAACUGAAGAAACUUCGGAUAAAUCUAGUUCUGAACCUUUUACUGAAAUAACUGAAGUAUCUUCGGAUAAACCUAGCUCUGAAACUUCUGUUUUUCAAUCUUCAACCACAGAGAAAUUUACUUCGAGUUCAAAUCCUUCAACGACUAUAACUGAAGAAACAGAAGAAAUGUACAAUACGGAAGACGACCCAUAUUCGGAUAUGCCCAGCACUCAUCGUUCUACUACUCAAUCUUCAACUACAAAAGUAUCGACAUCAAGCCCGAACCCUACAACGGCUAUUACCAAAGAAACAAAAGACACUGAUAUUACAGAAGAUGGGCCAAUUACGGAUAAACCUUGCACUACAGUUACUGAAAGAACUAAACAAACGUCGCAAACAGAUACAACAGUGACUUAUUAUAAUAAUUCAACAAUAACUACAAUUAUACCCUCUACUACUACUACAAAUCAGUCAUCCAUAAAUCCGAAUACAACACUUUCUGGUGAUGAGUUAAAUACAACAAAGAUAACGACUACCCCUACAACAACUAGGAUAAGCACAGCAGUAACAUACGACAUUUCUGAUUCCAAAGAAUCUUCAACAUUCAUAACGACUACGCCUACAACAACUAGGAUAAGCACAGCAGUAACAUACGACAUUUCUGAUUCCAAAGAAUCUUCAACAUUCGUGGACGAUCAAUAUCAAGAUAAAUCGAGUUCCCAAUUAACAUCUAUUCAUACAAGUUUAAUAGCAGUUGUAUUUUGUAUCGUGUAUCACACCAAUUUGUGAUUCAUCUAUAGUCUCUUAAUUUUAAUUUGUACAGAGCCUAAAAAACCUACAAACAAUUAAAAAUUAAACAAAAUACU